AUGGCUAUCAAUGUUCUUCCCAGCGCUUUGCCGCUCGACUCCAUCUUUGUUGCCAGUUCCAUGCGCGUCGAUGAGAACCUCUUCGAGGAACUUGUACUCGCCCUUAAGUCGGCUCUAGGGCCCUGCUCGGGGUUGACCUCGGACGAUAUCGAUGUCACAUUCCUCACUCGCCUCAUGAAGCUGUACGAUGCCCGUGAUAGAAACUGGGCAAAGUAUGCCUUCGGUGAUGCCAGUAGAGGCUAUACCAGAAACCUCGUCGACGAGGGUAACGGCAAGAGCAACCUGCUUGUCCUGGUUUGGUCGCCUGGCAAGGGCAGUCCCAUCCAUGACCACGGCAAUGCCCACUGCUUGAUGAAGAUUCUCAAGGGCAACCUGACCGAGACUCGCUACGAAUUCCCCCAAGAAAGAGAAUCCAGCGGCCCCCUCAAGGUCAUCACAGAAAAGACGUAUAAAGAGAAUCAAGUCGCGUACAUGGCCGAUGAGCUCGGCCUACACCGCGUGUCCAACAAGGGUAGCGACUUCGCCGUCUCCCUCCACCAGGUUUCUCUCGGUGCAGUCUAUACUCCUCCCAACGUAGCAAAGAAGGGCUGCCACAUCUUCGACGAGAAGACCGGUCGCCGUAGUCACGUUCCUGGCUGUGCCUACUACUCCGCCUAUGGAAGGCUUCUCAAGGAGUAG